AUGCCCAUACCGCCGGCGGUUUUCGCCCAGUCGGUGCCUAUCAGAUGGUGUCUGCCGGCCGCGCCACCCGCCGCGCCUGCGGCUCAGUCGUACGCAGCCGCGGCUGCACAGCCGCCUGCCGGCAGCCUCACAAUCCGGCCGGCCAAGCGCGGCCGGCGCAAGGCUGCGCCCCGCGUCGACAGGAACGCGCUCUCCGCGCGCGGCGACGGUGUGCCGCCGCGGCGUUCGCGCUCCUCGUCGCCUGACGCGCCGCCUGCGAAGCGGGCCUCUUCUGCCGGCUCCUCCGUUUGCGGCUACGACUCCGAGGACGAGGGCACAUUCGGCGAGUGGCUCGACGAGCUACCCUUCGAGGUGGCUGCGGCGACCGCCCGGCUGCUCAAGCACCACGCGCGCUCCGGCGCGUGGGUCGAGCUCUCGCCCGGCAACCCUAGCCAGGCCUCACGCGCUGGCCGCGACCGCGACCGCUCGAGCCCGAACUGCCCGUCAGAUAUGUCGGAAUUGUCGGAGAAUAGCGACUAG